GUGAUAUCGACGCUAGCGACAGAGCUCAGACUUCUCUACAAUGGUUGUUGAGACGGUGUACCGCUUUUCUUUUGCAGUGCUGUUGUUGCUUCUGCCCGCUCUUGGAGAACUACAGUCCAGAUCCAAUUCUGAAGACGACGAUGUGACUACUAAGAUUUCUAUUCCUGUGUCUACCAUGUCCGAAAUUCAACCGCAAGCUCUAGACACCAUGAGUCACGCUAAUAAGUCAGAACAAGAUAUGCUGAUCAACGGCAUUCUCGACAUCCUACGCACGGCAAACGCUCGUCACACGCUAGACGUCCGAGAAGAUAUCUUGCGAGAAAUCGCGGAAAGAGUUGUCUCGACCGGUAACAUCCAUCCUUCCGGUCUGAGCCUCGAGGCAAGACUAAUGGCCAUGAAACUUCGACUGACUAUCAGCUGGAAUGAUCUCAACGACACGACUGAGUCGGUAGCUCGAUAUCUCCGACCGUUGCUUGCAGAAAAUCAAAAUCGUAGAUCUAAACGCCGUACUUGUACAGGUUGCACAAAUUGUUGCAACAAUAAUUGUUUUCCGGCCAGAGCGACUGUCAUGACUAACUCUGGAGAACACAAAUCGCUGCAUGAACUAAAAGUGGGCGAAAAGAUCUCCUGCGUAAGAGAUGAAGGUCAGCAAGACUAUUGCGAAGUGAUCGGCUUUCUUCACAAGCAAGAAAGUGGAGCACACGACUAUCUCUCCAUCCAUACCGAUACCGGUCACAAACUUGAAGUAUCAGCGUCACAUUUGAUCUUCAGGUCGAGAGAGAAAUCUUGCUCUGUGUCUAAUGCUGAUGACGUAUUUGCAAGUGAAGUGACUGUGGGAGAUUACGUGUACGUCACGACCAAGAAGGGACUCGUAUCUUCAAUGGUCACCAAAAUCUCGACUAUUGAAGCACGUGGUUACUACGCACCCCUUACAAGCUGUGGUACUGUUGUUGUUGAUGGCGUUUUGGCAUCGUGCUACGCUCAGUUUGACAGUCACAGGCUCGCUCAAAUGGGUAUGACCGGUGCACGUCUAGCCUACUACUACGCUCCGGGUUGGCUGCAGUCUUACCUACUAGGAGCCGACAGUGACGGAUUGAUGACGUACGCUAAACACCUCACGCCAUUGGUCGAGUUCUUCAUGGGUAGCAGGUUUUAUGACGGUCACGUUUGAAGAAGUUGUAAACAGUUUGAGCUGUGGGAGUUGUUAGUUCGUGCUGCUUGAGUAUGUGAGCUGAGACAAACGUGCUGAGUAGAUUGUUGCAUGCAGUCCGAUUUGGCUUAAUUGAUGUGUAGCUGCUUGCAGUAUGUGCAAAAUAUGAUAUUCAA